AUGAAGCUAGCUAUUGGGGAAGAGUUUCAAAACGUCUACUAUUGCUUACCUAACAUCCCUUUAUCUAGAGGGAUUUGUCCCAUUAUAGAUCAUUUGGAUUUUGACCAGUUUAUAGAUAGCGGGUAUGAAUAUAGGGAAAUUUUAGUUUAUGUUGAUCAUAAUGGGAAUGGGUUGGAGGAAUGGUGGGAUGAUGACAUGAAUCUUGUUGUUAGUGAAGAUAAUGAAAGUGGCCUUGAAGAUGAUAAUGUACCUAGAAAAGAAGAAAACAAUGCCCCUGAUGAAACGCAUCCCAAUGUAGGUCUUGAAGAUAAAGUAAUUGACAUUGACAAAGUACCUUUGAACAAGACGACUUGGGAUGAGUUUCUUAGUAAGUUAUAUCCUCUAGAAGGUGAUACUGGUGACAAUGAAGUUGAAGAAGAAGAUGUUGAGAUCCAUUCCAUUUUCAACCCUGAUAUGCAAUGGAAGAGGCAAGUACCUGUUCUUGGGAUGAAAUUUGAAAGUCCAAAGCAACUGAAAAAUAUGUUCUGUAACUAUGAUGUGGCAAAUGGAUACCAACUAUGCUUCAAAAAGAAUGAUAGUAAAAGGUUGUUGGUGGUGUGUUGCAAAGGAGCUUGCCUAUUCAGGUUAUGGGCUACAUGGAUGAGGCAGGAGGUGUCAUUUCAAAUCAAGUCAUUGAAGAUUGAGCAUAAUUGUGCUAGAAACUACAAACUAGGAUCAAUUGUUACAUACUCUUGGAUAGGAGAGCAUUAUACAAAGGAAAUUUUGCAUAGACAAAAGUUAACAAUUAGACAAUUGAGAUUAGAGGUCAUCAGGAAGUUUGGAAUACGGGUUAGUUUAACUCAAUGCAGAAGAGCAAGGGUACAUGCCAUGAAUCUUAUAGAGGGGACUCUUAUUGAGCAUUAUGAAAAAUUGUGGUCUUAUGGGGAGGAAAUUAGAAGAAGAAAUCCAGGUUCAACAGUCAAAAUCGAUGUCCAAUGCAUGCGUGAUGGUUUGACUUACUUUAGUAAGUUCUAUGUAUGUUUUGCUAAUGUGAAAUCUGAUUGGUUAGAAGGUUGUAGAAAGGUGUUAGGUAUAGAUGGAUGUUUCCUUAAGGGUGUAUGCAAUGGGGAAUUAUUGUGUGUUGUGGGCAGAGAUGCUAACAACCACAUAUUUCCAGUUGCAUGGGCAAUAGUGUGUGUUGAGAUUAAGGAAAACUGGAUGUGGUUUUUGGAGUUGCUCAGAGAUGAUCUUAAACUAGGUAUGAGCACUGGGUUUACCUUAAUGUAUGACCAACACAAGGGUCUUAUGGAGGCAGUUAAGGAUGUGCUUCUUUGUGUUGAGAAUCGACAAUGUGCAAGGCACAUUGUUGCAAAUUUUAAGAAGAGAUUAAGUCCGGAAGCCCAUAAGUACUUGAUGGAGAAGGAACCAAAGACCUGGUCGAGAGCAUUUUAUGAGGUAGGGAGGGCAUGUGUUGCAGUGGAGAAUGGUAUUUCUAAGAGCUUUAAUGCAGUAAUUGUUGAGGCCAAAAGAAAACCAAUAAUCACUAUGUUGGAGGAGUUGAGGUUAUAUAUCAUGGAGAGGAUGUUUAACUUAAAACACAAGAAAUGA